CCUCCCCGGCCGCCGUAGCCCGCGGGCUGUUCCGGCGGCGGAGGGGGCGGGGCGGAAAUUUAAAUCGGCCGCCGCGGCCGCCGUGAGGAGAAGGCGGCGGCGCGGAGCGGAGCAGGUAGGAUGGGUUGUCAAUCAGAGACAAGGCAAAGGAGGCCCCCAGAGAAGCAGCAGCAGGAGGUGACUGGGGCACCCAAGAACCUGCCCUUCUUGGGAAAAUCCUUCUACCUGGACCUGCCGAACAACAAGAACGUGGAGUUUCUGGUGGCGACAAUAAAGCAGCUGGGUGGGGUGAUUGAAAGCUUCUUGAGUAAAGAAAUCAGCUAUGUGGUUUCCAGCAGCAAAGAGGCCAAACUGGACAGUGGGCCUCGGAGACCGACUGAGAAACGGAGCAGUGCGGCUUCAGGGGAUGCCAAGGCAAAGACUCUGCCCUCUGCUGUGCCCAAAGGGAGCCAUGCAGGGCCUCACCACAAGCCAGCAGACAGUGCUCUGAUGAGCAGGGGGAAGGAGCUGCUGCAGAAGGCCAUGAGGAACCAGGUGAGCAGCACAGUGACGGACUUCCCCUCUAGACAGGACUCCAGCAGUGGCAGUAGUAUCCUUGCCAAUGCUCGCUCCUGGGGGGUUCGGAUCUUGCAUGUGGAUGAAAUGAUGGCCUGUGUGCAGCAGCUGCUGUUCCGCAUGUCGGGAGCAAGGAAGCAGAGUGCGAAGAUGAUGGUGAAGUGUUUCUCAGUGGGGCCAGGAGUCCUUAAAGUGGGAAGACUGAAGCCCCCGUUUCUGAAGAUUGAGGACCGGAGCAGGAAAUUCCGGCCCUUCCAUCACCAAUUCAAGAGCUUCCCUCACCUGAACUUCCUGGCACCAAACAGAUCCAGCCCAUUUGAGCCUCUGAAGACCCCCUCAAGCUCCUGCAGAGUCAGAGCCCCCGAGGGCUGUCUGACGCACAGCGAGAGAGAGGGGAGCCCCCGGUCCAGCCCAGCUGCCGUGCCCAAGAGGAGGAAGGGGUUUUGUGAAUGCUGCCAGGAGACCUUCGGGGAGCUGCAGAUGCACCUCCAGAGCCCCCGGCACAGGCGGUUCGCGCUGGACGCCUCUCAGUAUGCAGCUGUGGAUCACGUCAUCGCCCAGCUCACCAACGACUUUGCCGAGAUCCCAGCCUGGUCCUCGCCCCCCAGGGUGCCCUGCUCUCCUGUGGCUGAUGACCAACUUUGUGGCUCUCGAGCAAAGGCUGUGGAAGGCCUGGGCGCACCAGCUGCAGAGCUGGGACGGAAGCACCAGCUGGCCAGGAAGGACAAAGCAGAGCUGCGUCUCAGUGCGGUGGCUGUGCUGGGCGGGGAAUGCUCCAUGGGCCCAGAGGAGAUGCCAAAGGAGGUCAGCAAGCUCCCUCCUGCUCCAGAAUUGCCAGCUGGGCACCCCCUGCUGGGGCUACGGGCGGAGAUGCUGCGAGCCAGGCCAUCUGCUAGCACAGGGCCAGCUUGGGGGGCCCGUGCUUGGUGUCGGAACACAGACCGGUCCGCCAUUGGCGGCAGUCCCCACAGCACUGUCGUCUUGGCUACUGCUCCUGAUCUCAGCCAGUGGACCCAGGCCAGCGGUGGAUUGACUGGAGAGGCAGCUGCUUGCUCCCCUGAACUUGUUCCACAGGAUGCGCUCGAGCCCCUGAGUCACCCCCUGGGAGCAUCACCCUGCUCCAGGAAACGCAAACUCUCCGACAGGCCUCACCCGCGGCCGGAAAAGAAGCCGAGGAUACGGCUGAGCAGCGACCCCCUGCCGCUGGAGAAGCAGCCAGGCUCGGAGAGCUGCAGCUCAGUUCAUCGGGGUGUGGGGCUGGCUGCGGAGGGGGCUGCUGGCACUACUCCAUCUGAUGCUCCUGGAGCAGAGCUCUGCAGCUUCCCUGCCUCCGUGACGCCUCAGGACAGUGCCCGUGUGCGGCCAGAGCCUCCCGAGCCUGUUCCCAUGGCUAUAGACGGCACCGAGGCUACCCUGGCAAGCACAGCCACUCCACGGGGCUGGGGGAGAGGGACUCCAGGCCUGCAAGAGGGGCAGCCUACAGAGAAGGCCCCGGAGCCUCCCAGCUGUGGGGCUGGCUCUGGCCUUGAGCUGCAAUCGCCUGCCUGGGACAAGGCCAGCUGUUCUGCAGCCCAGCCGGCCCUCCCACACCUGCCAGUCCCCCAGGCCAGGCGCUUGUGCUGUACUGGGGUAGCUGACGGUGCACUGCCCAAGCUACCUAACAGCACAGACCUGGGCGAAAGCAUCCUCCAGCCUGCCCCUUGCAGCACCCACGCUGGCCCGGAUCCGGGGCCAUCACCCUCUUCUUCCGAGUCGGACUGGGACGACCAGCUGCUCCGCUCACUGGACACGGUGCAGGGCCCCAGGAGCCGGCCGGUAGACCUGGAGCUGCUCCGGAGGACCUGCAUCAACGUCCGAGACAGCGGCUACGAGUCCCAUCUCUACUCGGUCCUGAAGCAGAAGUCCGAGCUGGACUGGGCCGGCAGAGAUGAGCAGAGCUGUCGGAACUGUCGCGCGGAAACGGAAGGAGCCCCUUUCGCUGUGUUGGAGGCCUGCCUGGGCGGCUGGACCAGCUAGCCACUCGCUGCGCAGACCCCUUCAGUACUAGGGCUCACUCCUCCCCCCAGCUCGGCUGCAGAGAUGGCUCUGGCAAACCACCUUCCCCGCGGCCAGCAGAAAGCACAAGCCUGGCUGGAGACAGUCUCUGGGCACUGGAAUAAGUGCAGCGAUCGUUACUGGCUGCAAGUGGAGGGUGGGGCUGAGCCUGGAGGCUUCGGGCAAGACUUAUCUUGGUUCACUUGCUCAUGGGGCUCGGCCACAGGAAGGGCUCUCCAGCAGGGCAGUGCUAGCCCUGGCUUCCCGUGGGGCCAGACCACGGGGCCUGGCCAGGCCUUGAGCAGCAGGGGCCUGGCUCUCCUCUCCCCUCAGUGGAGUGACCAGGAAGCAGACUCCCUUGCCUAGACUAGACUGCACCAUGUGUCCAGCUGCUCCACAGUGGCUUUUUAAGGGCCUGCUGCAUUUCAUUAGCACUGCUCAUGCAGGCACCUCCUGUGCUCCCGAUCACCCUCUGCAGCCUGGCCCUGGCGGAGGGAGACGUGAGCACUUAGUUCCCUUAGCCAGUGGCCUGGCCUGGCCUGGCCUGACCUCGCUGGCAAGUGUGCAGCUAGUCGGUGGCGGGGGGAAGCGCAGACCGAGCAGGGGGGUCUGCCCCUGCAGACCAAGCAGGGGGUUUCUCCCCUCUUCCCAUGCAGCAGAAAGGCAGGCAGGCAAUGCUGCCGUUCUCUCGCCCAGAAAGAGCUGCUGUCGUCUGGAAGUGACUCUGCUCCGAGCUCCCGACAGCGUUCUCUGCUCUUUCUGCAUCUCCCUGGCCCCUUCCUACUUGUGGUGCAGUUAAUGGGGGGGAAGUGAGCUGCUCUCUGGAUCGAUUCCUCUUCCUGCUUUAGCUUCUGCUCUGUUCCAUGGGGCCACGGCUCCACUGGCCAUUGCAGAUAAUUGGUGUUUAAAACUUCCUGCUUGUUUUAGAAACAAAUUAAAACUAAAAUAAACUUGAGUGUAACGAU